AUGACAGAGCCCCCGAACACUUCUACGGCGAACAUAGUUCCUAUUAUUUCAGAACGCCCUUCCCCCGACGAAAAUGCAGAGAGACUCGCCCCUGAGAGGAGUAUCGCCCACGGCACCGAAAACGUACGGGGUAUCCCAGGAAUAAAGCCCAACGAACCACUUCUUAAUGUCGACUCGAGAAGUCCACCCACCCUCGGGGAAUCUGAAAGUAGAGCCAACGUCAAGACGGAAUCGGCCUCGGUACAACCGUCUAACAAGCCGAUUAGCCACCAUCCCCCUUCAAUCGACGGCAUGACCACACCAAGGCGUCGAAGCGUCCAAUUUGCUAGAACAGGUACAGAGCGUGAAGCCCAAGAUACUACUCAAUCGAGAGCCUCAUCGUUAGCAGCCCCAGAUGAUUGGGAGGUGUCGACACCGGAUCGCCGUGGUCACUCGUUUCUUUCAAAACUGAGAGCUCUCGCUGCAUACCCCUCGUUUCCGACCCAUUCAAGAUCGGCAAGCGGUGCUACGGUUGGAGGCGAGCCAAGUGAUAGCAGAUAUGGGGGCGAAUCUUCGGUGCCUUUGUCAGAGAGAGCGCAGUUUCGGUUUCCUAGAAGUGUGGAGGAUGGUAGCGAGGCCGAUGCUGAUGGAGAAUCAAGCUCAGAAGAGAAUAAGACACGCAAAAAGCGAAAAAUGAAAUUUAGAGGACGGUUGCCCGGAGACGCAGGCCCGCGUACUGAGCCUUCUUCUCCAAAGACCACCGAGCGGUCCCCAUUGCCUGGUUCUAACUCAUUUUCCCCUCCUGAAGAUUAUAAUCCGAACCCGCUGGCUCGGCGAGCCACUAUGUCAUCUGUACAAUACCAUGGGCGGGAAGGUGUAUCUGAAGAUGAAGGCCGGGAUAGGCUAAAACGGGACUCGAUGUGGCGUCGCAGAAGUGGGUGGCUACAAAGUGCUCGUGGCCUAAGUUACGGUGGAACGCUUCGUCAGGAAGGGCGGAACUCUCAGGAUGAAAGGAGACCUAGUAAUCUACGACGACUCACCGGGUUUGGAAACCCAUCAGAGGGUGCCGAGGGAAUUACUGCGGCCUGGAGAAGACACAAGGCUGAACGUGGAACUAGCCUCAGCGCCCAAAAAUGGCGCCAGAUCAAAGCAGGACUGAAAAUGAUCGGUCAAAGAAAGAAGCCUGAGCCCACCGUUGAUCACGUAAAAUCAGCAGAGCUUUUAGCAGAACUAACAUCAGGCGUUCCUGCUGCUUUGCUCCUUGCAAGUAUGUUUCAAAGAGACGAGCAUGGGAGUAGACGCAUACCCAUACUCCUUGAGCAGUUAAAAGUUCGCAUAACUGACAGCCAUUUUGACUCCCAUUCUGGUGAUCGCCACUUGGUUUUUCGGAUUGAGCUAGAAUAUGGUAGCGGAAUGACGCGCAUGAAAUGGGUUAUCAACAGAACACUCAAGGACUUUGCAAAUCUACACAUAAAGUACAAGCUUCAAAUCGGCACCCAAAAGUACAUUCAUCUCAGAAGUCAGGAAUCCGGGCAUACUUUACCGCAUUUCCCGAGAAGUGCUUUUCCAUAUCUGCGAGGGGUAAGGGGCCUGGAUAGCGAUGCUGAGGACGAGGAAGAAGAUCCUGGCGAUGACACGGCUGCCGAUGCCACUAGUGGAAAUGAAAGGCCAUCGAAGAAGAAAAAGCGACGCUCCUCUUUUGCAAUUUCUCGCCGGCAGUCAAGUCUUGCAUCUCCACCAGAUGGGAAUGCUCCUGUCACUAAUCUUGAUGGCGUCGCAGACGCUACAGCUUCUGGGGCACCCAAAAGAGAGUCUUACCCCGAGAAGCAACGCAAGAAACUUGAAAACUACUUACAGAAGAUGAUUCGUUUCCUCAUAUUCCGCCCUGAUAGUAAUCGUCUUUGCAAAUUUCUAGAACUGUCUGCGUUGGGAGUUCGGCUCGCCGCAGAAGGAAGCUAUCAUGGUAAGGAAGGCUUCCUGAUAAUUCAGUCUUCUAAAGGGUUGGACUUUAGAAGUGCAUUAAAUCCUUCCAUGAUAAAAUCGCGACAUUCACCAAAGUGGUUCCUGGUCCGGCAUAGUUAUGUUGUAUGUGUGGAUUCGCCUGAAGAAAUGCACAUAUAUGAUGUCUUUUUAGUGGACCCUUUUUUCCAAAUUCAGGCCAAAAAGGGACGCCUCAGAGACAAGAAGCCCAAAGAGAUUGCUAAAUCCGCGAAGGAAUCUGCUGCCCAUCCGCAGCACCAUACACUUAAAUUGCAAAAUUCCGAACGCAAAUUAAGACUUCUAGCUAGAAACGAACGCCAGCUUCACCAAUUUGAGGAUUCUAUACGCUUUAUGAUCGAGAGUACACCUUGGUCCAAGCCCAAUCGUUUCGACAGCUUCGCACCCGUUCGGACAAAGUGCUUCGCACAGUGGCUGGUUGACGGGCGUGAUUACAUGUGGGUGGUAUCCCGUGCAAUAAACCAAGCUAAGGAUGUUAUUUACAUCCAUGAUUGGUGGCUAAGCCCGGAACUUUAUAUGCGGCGACCAGCUGCCAUCAGCCAAAAAUGGCGACUAGAUCGCCUGCUUCAACGAAAGGCCCAAGAAGGAGUGAAAGUAUUUGUUAUCAUGUAUCGAAAUAUCAAUUCUGCUAUUCCUAUUGAUUCCGAGUACUCGAAAUUCUCCCUUUUGGACCUACAUCCGAAUGUUUUCGUGCAGCGAUCGCCGAAUCAAUUCAGACAGAAUACGUUCUUUUGGGCCCAUCAUGAAAAACUAUGCAUUAUUGACCACACGCUAGCCUUUAUCGGAGGUAUCGAUCUUUGCUUCGGUCGAUGGGACACUCCGCAACAUUUACUUACUGAUGAUAAACUGACGGGCUUUGAGUUGACCGAUGCUCCAAAGGAUGCGGAUCAUUGUCAGCUGUGGCCCGGCAAGGACUAUUCCAAUCCGAGGGUGCAGGACUUCUAUGACCUUGACAAGCCAUACGAAGAAAUGUAUGAUCGCGAAGUGGUACCGAGGAUGCCCUGGCAUGAUAUUGCCAUGCACGUUGUUGGCCAGCCAGCUCGAGACUUGACUCGCCAUUUUGUGCAGAGAUGGAACUACAUCCUUCGCCAACGGAAGCCAACAAGGCCGACUCCAUUUUUAUUACCACCACCAGACUUUAACCCCGCGGAUUUAGAGGCACUUGGCUUAGAUGGUAGCUGCGAAGUGCAAGUUUUACGAUCAAGCAGUACGUGGUCAACCGGAACUCCCGAAGUUACAGAGCAUAGUAUUAUGAACGCAUAUGUCAAAAUGAUUGAAAAAUCUGAGCAUUUCGUUUAUAUCGAAAACCAGUUUUUUGUGAGCAGUUGCGAAGUCGAGGGAAAGAAAAUCGAAAACCUUAUUGGAGACGCUCUAGUCGAGCGGAUUGUCCGUGCCGCCAGAAAUGAGGAGGAUUGGCGUGCAGUUAUAUUGAUUCCGCUAAUGCCUGGUUUCCAGAAUACCGUUGACACGGAAGGCGGCACCAGUGUUCGGUUGAUCAUGCAAUGCCAGUAUCGGAGUAUAUGCCGUGGCGAAACAUCCAUAUUUGGCAGACUACGGGCUCAAGGUAUCGAGCCUGAGGAUUAUAUCCAAUUUUUUAGUUUAAGAUCUUGGGGUCGUAUUGGACCAAGAAAACACUUUGUCACUGAACAGCUUUAUAUUCACGCAAAGUGCAUGAUCGUGGAUGAUCGAGUUGCGAUAAUCGGAUCCGCUAAUAUUAAUGAACGGUCUAUGCUUGGUUCUAGGGAUUCGGAAUGCGCAGCAAUCGUUCGGGAUACGGAUUUGAUUUGGUCCACGAUGGCUGGCAAACCAUAUUUAGUUGGUCGCUUCCCGCAUACUUUGCGAAUGCGUUUAAUGAGAGAACAUCUCGGCGUCGAUGUUGAUGAAAUUAUGGAGCAAGAAAUGGGAGGUGAAGUCGAGUCAAGAAAGUCCCGACAGGAGAAUAGUGACUCAUGUGCGAGCGAAGGCCCACGGGACACUGAUAAUUGGGGCGAGAGGGAGGACGAAAGAGAAAUAUUGGAGCGAAGGCAUCGGCUCCAAGAUGAAUUCCUUGCUCGAUCAGAAGAUAUGCAUAGUUUCAACCACGACGUUGACUGGGAGCAGGCGAACAAUCCUAAUCUUAAGUCAAACAGAAAACUUACGGCAGACGCUAGGGUCACCAGAAAUGCUAGCCAUCGAAAGGAUCUGGAAGGCUUUGGGGUGGAUCAGAUGCAAAUUCUGCAUGAAGCUGGGCAAAUUACUGGCCGAGACUCGUUCCUUGGGCAAGACAACGUUGAAUAUUUGAAGGAGGUAGAUGUGAACGAGAAGCAAAAGCUGCAAAAAGAUUCCAAACAGCGUAGCGACUCACGCCUGCCAACCCCAUCCGAGCUAAACACGCAAGAAGAGGACCAUCCAUCCAUCCUUGAAGCUGCCAACAGUCCUGCUGAUGUAUUGAACCAGCAGCAGAUGGCGUUUCAUAAUGACGAUGCUGCAUCUAACCAACCUACGCAAGCUAAUCCAUUGACGCAAUCUAACAAUUGCCAUCUUAUGUUACCCGCGUCCGCUCGUCCUAUUAUUGACAAGGACUGCAUGAAGGACCCUCUUUGCGAUGCCUUUUACCUCGAUACUUGGCAGGCCAUAGCAGAAAACAACACCAAAGUAUUCCGCAUGGUAUUCCGAUGCAUGCCGGACAGCGAAGUCAAGUCGUGGAAGGAAUACAAGGAAUAUACUGCCUACGCCGAACGAUUCGCUGAUAUGCAGAAUAAUUACUUUUACGAUGAAAAUGCGCCACAUCUGCAGCCCAGCGGCGGGUCCAAACUCCAGAGUGGCCCUCCAGGAGCGGGUGUUACUUCUACAGUGGGCAAGGUUGGGCACGACGUCGAAAAGAUUGGUAGCGAGGCAAAACAAGUGGUCGCGAAUCAUUUAUCAAACGAAGCCUCUGCUGAGGACAGCCUCAAACAAUGGGCUGCUGAAGCCAAUCGAGCUCAGAUUGAACGGCAACAAGAGGAGCUCGCCAAAGUAGAAACUUUGGGAGAGAAGGAAGCUUUGAAGGCUGUGGAGACGAAAUCCUCUCAGUCCAGCGGAAAUGUAGAACCGUCGGUGGCGUUUCCUGAUGUCGAUAAGGCAUUAGAACGUCAGCGAUCGGGCGCUCAGACAAAUGGAUACCCUGAUGCACUCGCCUUGAAUGGUUCUCUAUCUCAACGGCGGAGACGGAGAGGAACAACACGUAGUUCUAAGCGCGAGUUCCAUGCAUCGGACGACAUCAUCAGCAUGCACGAGGCAGAAGAGUUGCUCGGCAUGGUGCAAGGUCAUUUGGUGUUGUGGCCGUACGAGUGGCUCGAGCGCGAAGAGCAAGGGGGUAAUUGGCUAUAUACACUCGAUCAAAUCUCCCCUUUGGAAAUAUAUAACUAAAAACAUUCAUUCAAAACGCUCCCCUAAGUGGUAUCUCAUCCAUUUUUGCUCCACGACAGCGGACAGCGUAUGAUUAUUCCUUUUUCCGGAGUGGAUGAAGUUCAUAUAACUAUGUUUUUAAUAAUACCCUUGUUUUCUUUUGUUCCUCCUCGACACCUCCAUUGUCUUUUCAUUCCAAUACCAAUUCGGAGCCUCAGCCUUUUAUUUUCCUUUAUCCAUAAUAAUUCGAGAGCUUUUCCAGUAUCCUGGUUACUACGUAUCGAAAUGUCGUGCG